UAUGAGGCUAGCUCCCUCCUCCUCCACGUGCGGUACAGAGCACUUCCAGUCACAUUGGCAGACCAGCAGCUUCACGAUGAAACGACCAAAGUUAAAGAAAGCCAGUAAGCGGCUCUCAUGCUCCAAACGCUAUAAGAUACAGAAGAAGGUCCGGGAGCACAACAGAAAGCUAAGAAAAGAUGCAAAGAAGAAAGGAGUGGGUAAACGAGUGAAGAAAGAUCCCGGAGUGCCCAACAGUGCUCCCUUCAAAGAGGAGGUGCUGAGGGAGGCAGAGCAGAGGAGGCUGCAGAUUGAGGAGGAAAAAGAGAGAAAGAGACAGGCUAAAAAAGAGGAGCGAGCCCAGAAGAGGCAAAAGGAGAGGGAGGCUGCAAGUAAAGACACAGAGCCCAGGGCCAAAAAAGCUCGGCAGGAUGAGGCUGGAAAGCAGUCAGGGAAACAGUCUGCCCUCGACAAGAACUCAAAACAGUAUCUGUGCUCUGAAUUAAAUAAGGUAAUCGAUGCAUCUGAUGUAGUAAUAGAAGUCCUCGAUGCUCGUGAUCCACUGGGGUGCAGGUGUCCACAGGUGGAGGAGGCGGUGCUGCAGAGGGAAGGCAACAAGAAACUGCUUUUGGUGUUAAGCAAAAUAGAUCUGGUACCAAAGGAAAAUGUGCAGAAGUGGAUGCAGUGUUUACAACAGGAGUUUCCAGUUGUGGCGUUCAAAGCAUCAACACAGAUCAAGGACAGAACAAUGCAAGCCAAGAAGAGCAGGAUAGUGGCCUCUAAUGAAGUCCUGGACAGAUCCAGAGCUGCAGCAUGCUUUGGAAACACUUCUCUUUCUGAGCUCCUUUCAAGUUACACUGCUACCAUACAGAAAGAAACUCCUCUCAGAGUGGGCCUAGUUGGUUUUCCUAAUGUGGGUAAAAGCAGUCUCAUCAACAGUAUUAAGGGGAUCCUUGCCUGUAAUGCCGGCGUCAAGAGAGGCAUCACAAAAUCCAUGCAGGAGGUGCAUAUCUUGAAGAAUGUGAAGCUAAUAGACAGCCCAGGGAUUGUGGCUUCACCAUCGAACCCACCAGCCUCCAUGGCUCUGAGGAGUCUGCAGGUGGACGAGGGCCAGGAGAGUGUGCUGGAGGCUGUCAGGACUCUGCUCAAACAGUGUGACCACAGCCAGCUCAUGCUUCAAUAUAAUGUCCCCAACUUCAGAAACUCUUUGGAGUUUUUAACCAUGUUGGCAAAAAAGCGCGGAUAUCUGCAGAAGGGUGGAGUCCCCAACGCAGAGCAGGCAGCCACAGCUUUCCUUGCUGACUGGACAGGAGCCAAGUUGAGCUACCACUGUAAGGCACCGCAGAACCACAGCCUCCCUUCCUACAUGUCUGAUGCCGUUGUCGCUGAGAUGCAGAAUGGCUGGGAUUUAAACACUCUGAAAACAGCCAACGAGGAAACUCUAAAAGGUAUUAAAUUCCCCAAUGAGGCCAGCAGUAUAAGCUUCACCUCCAAAGGCCCGACGGCAGGUCUGCUGAGUGUCAGCAUCUCUGAAGAAAAACCUGUUGCUGCAGCUGCAGAGGAAGAAGCCAAGCAGAAUGAUGAGAAUAAUGAGCCUCACCAAACUGCAGAGGAGGCGAUUGAAACAGAAGCACCAGAGGAACCACAGAAAGCGCCUCUUACAAAAAAAACAGCCCAUGUGCAGUUCCAGUCUGUCCCUAUUGACAUCAACCUCUCUGCAGCCACCACAGAUGAUGCCUAUGACUUCAACACAGAUUUUAAAUGAGCUCUCCGUCUGCAGAACAUGCAGACCUGGAUUUGUCAGCAUAAACUAAUACGCUGAUGUCAAGAAUCAUUGUGAAGGCUGCCUUUGACCAGCUAAUGACAAAGUUGAUUUCAGGGUCGCGGUCUGAGAGCCACUGCCUAAUUGUUGGCAUUUGUGCCCUUCUUUCAGACUUUGAGUCUGGAACACAGUGAGACCGAUUGCAGACAAGGACUAACCUUUAUUCUAGACAUGUUUCAGUUUGUAAUUGAAUUGGUUGUCUGGGACAAAUCCCUGCCGAGAAGAUGGACUUUAUCUAUUAAGUGGUCAUGUAUAUAUCUGCUGGCUUCUUCCUCCAGAUGUUGUUUGUGAAAGUUUGCUUUUUAAAUGUCCAGAGGUCAUUUGUAUUAUUGUGUUCAUGCAGAACACUGUAUAUAGACGACGUACUAUAAAUAAACCCUCUACAAAGCUUAAA